CGCGGCAGGCUUGUACACCGGUAUCAUCGCCGUCGCCCUGUGGAAUAUUUAUCUGCACAAAUCCCGACCGAUCGGACCAUCUAUGAUCAUCGUCAUCAUCGUCCUCUAUAUAACAACCUGUGCGAACUUAUCCCUCGAUUGGUUGAUCGUGCGCACCGCACUGGUUAGCAACGGGAAGAACCUCAUGACGAAAUUUGCAAAUUUUGAGAAUCCUCUGAGGUGGAUAACUGUUGUGACGGGUGUUAUUGGCGCGGUGUGCACUGUGCUUGUUGAUGCUACUAUGAUCUGGAGGUGCUGGUUGGUCUGGGGACGACGCUGGCAAGUCGUCCUUCUCCCUACCCUCUGUCUCAUCGCCGCUCCAGCCCUAAAAAUGUACGUAACCUCCCAACAAUACUCCCAACUAAAAAGCGACUUUCGCUAUCUACUCCUCUACGCCUCACUCACUCUCGCCACGACGCUGUGGUGCACCUUGCUUUUGAUCUACCGAGUCUUGACCGUUACGCAAGGAGCAGAAGGCGCGGGGGCGUAUCGACAUGUUAUUGAAGUCUUGGUGGAGUCUUCAGCUUUGUAUGCGGUGUCGCUGGUUUUAUACGUGGCGGUGUUCGCGCGUGGUAGUAAUGCGUUCUAUUACCUUGAUCCUAUUGCUGGGAUCACGCGGGGUAUCGCCCCGACGCUGCUUGUGGGGCGCGUUGCGGCGGGUCAUGCACGCGCAGACGAUUCAUGGCAUGGUAGUGUGAUGACUUCCCCACUGCGCUUUGGGCAGGAUAAGACGGGGAACAGCUCCCAGCAAGAUUCUGUGGUGACGCGGACGGGCUAUGGAUUUGAGGAUGACCUCGAAGCUCGGCCAGAGAGGGAAAGUGGGAGUGGUGGGGACGAACGAGAGGAGGGCAGUAGUGAUAAAAUGGAGAAUCAGUCGGAAGAAGCUAUCGUUGAACUGAGGCGUUGAAGUGGUUUUGUUGUAUUUGUAUUUUUUUAGCCAGCCUCGGAACUACACGAAUAUUAGAGGAAAGAAUCAGUGACCGGUGUGGAACCGCCGCUACGGGGAUGUUACCGGAUGCUAUGAAAAGUGCGACAGAUUAAAGGGGAAAGACACCUUGACAAGCAAGGUAAUUCUUAUAUCACUCUUUAUCUGAAUUCUGGUACCCCCGGAAACGACGCGGAAAUGUAACACAUGAGACACGGACAAAAAUAAGUGAAAGAAAGAUU